UGUACGGUGUUAAUCAAGCGAAUCAUUCUACUGACAUCAUCGGUACCCUCGUAAAUCGAUGAGAAAGAAUCACAUGAACUGCUUACUAUUAGGCUGGACUAGCUAACGCAACAUAACCUUUUGGUCUGGACAUAUAUCCCUUCAAGAUCCAUAACAAUGGGGUCCCUGUUCCGCAGUGAGGAUAUGACCCUCUGUCAGCUGUUCCUGCAGUCAGAGGCAGCCUACGCAUGCGUGUCGGAGCUGGGGGAGCUGGGCCUGGUCCAGUUUAGAGACUUGAAUCCUGAUGUAAAUGCAUUUCAAAGAAAGUUUGUUAAUGAAGUCAGAAGAUGUGAUGAAAUGGAAAGAAAAUUGAGAUUUCUUGAGAAGGAGAUACGAAAGGAUGGCAUCCCCAUGUUGGAUACUGGGGACAAUCCUGAUGCCCCACAGCCAAGAGAAAUGAUAGAUCUUGAGGCUACUUUUGAGAAACUCGAGUCGGAGAUGAAUGAUGUGAACGCCAACUCGGAAGCCUUGAAGAAGAACUUUCUCGAACUGACAGAGCUGAAGCAUAUCCUACGUAAGACACAGGCAUUCUUUGAUGAGUCAGGUGUCUUUAAAGAUUAUGAGGCUGAUCAUCAUACUAUGCAGGCGAUGCAUGAUCCACUCAUUCCUGACGAUGAUGUGCAGCUGCUGGGAGAGGAACUGGGUCGCCAUGCUGGACAGGCCCUCAAACUGGGGUAUACAGACAUUCAACAUGGGGAGAUAAAUGUGUUUGUUGCGGGGGUGAUACUGCGGGAAAGAAUCCCCGCCUUUGAGCGCAUGCUGUGGAGAGUGUGUCGAGGGAAUGUGUUCCUCAAACAGGCAGAGAUAGACACGCGAUUGGAAGACCCUAUCACUGGUGAUCGUGUGGACAAAACUGUGUUCAUAAUAUUUUUCCAAGGAGAACAGCUGAAGUCAAGAGUCAAAAAAAUAUGUGAAGGAUUCCGUGCCACCCUGUACCCCUGCCCAGAGACCCAGUCAGACAGACGAGAGAUGUCCAUUGGGGUGAUGACGAGAAUUGAGGACCUUAACACUGUGCUGGGUCAAACCCAGGAUCACCGACACCGACUGUUAGUUGCGGCGGCCAAGAACAUCAAGGUGUGGUUCAUCAAGGUGCGCAAAAUCAAAGCUAUCUACCACACGCUAAACAUGUUCAACCUGGAUGUCACGCAGAAGUGUCUUAUUUCCGAGUGCUGGUGCCCAGUUGCCGACCUUGACCGCAUACAGCAAGCACUCAAAAGGGGAAAUGAGAGAAGCGGGAGUUCAGUACCAUCCAUCCUGAACCGUAUGAGUACCCGCCAGGAGCCACCCACCUACCACAGACUGAACAAGUUCACCGUUGUGUUCCAGAACAUUGUGGAUGCCUAUGGGGUCGCAAGUUACAGGGAGGUCAACCCAGCCCCAUGGACUAUCAUAUCAUUCCCGUUCCUGUUUGCAAUCAUGUUCGGUGAUGCAGGGCAUGGGGUUAUCAUGCUUCUCUUUGCUCUCUACCUCGUCAUCAUGGAGAAAAGACUGGCACCAAAAAUGUCUGCAGAUGAGAUCUUUGGAAUGUUUUUCAAUGGCCGCUACAUUAUUCUGCUUAUGGGGGCAUUCUCUAUCUACACUGGCCUCAUCUACAAUGACAUCUUCUCUAAGUCGCUAAACAUAUUUGGAAGUGCAUGGAAACCUGAUCCAAGUGUAUACAAUACCUCUUCAAUGGAUCUGAAAAAUUACAAGAUCAAUGCCAACAACACAGUGGAAAGACCGUAUCCUUUUGGUCUUGAUCCAGUAUGGCAGCUUGCUAUCAACAAGAUUACCAUCACCAACUCUCUGAAGAUGAAGAUCUCCGUGAUAUUCGGUGUUUGCCACAUGCUGUUUGGGCUCUCACUUAGUCUUCUUAAUCACAGGUUCUUCAACAAGCCCCUGAACGUCUACUUUGAGUUCAUCCCUCAGCUGAUCUUCAUGUGCUCCAUAUUUGGCUACCUGAUCCUCCUGAUAUUUGUGAAGUGGCUCAAGUUUGGCCCCGCAGACACCGGAAAGGCCCCUAAUCUUCUCAUUGGUCUGAUAAGCAUGUUCCUGUUUCAAUAUGAGGACCCUUGUAAGCCCACCACCUGCUGGUACGCUGGACAGAAAGGGUUCCAGAUCACGCUGGUGGUUGUAGCUGUGCUCUGUGUGCCCUGGAUGCUACUUGUGAAACCUUACAUGUUGCGGAAACAACAUCUCGAAGGAAAGCUGUCAGUGAACAGCGGUGACCUUUUGAACUCUGAAGUUGAAGGGGACGACGGGACCCUUGAUCAGACAGGGCUUGUGCGCCCUACUCCCCAGAUAGGAGAGGAUGUCUGCGAAAUAGAUCUGUCAACGAGCAGAUACAAUGUCCACAUAGAUUCCGUUGAAAAAUUGAUGAAAGUGAAACCAUUUGACUUCAGUGAGGUCAUGAUCACGCAGGCGAUCCACACGAUAGAGUACUGCCUGGGCUGUGUCUCACACACGGCCUCCUACCUGCGACUGUGGGCUCUCAGUCUGGCACAUGCACAGCUGUCAGAGGUCCUGUGGACCAUGGUGAUGACAACCGCUCUGAGCUUCAAGAUCCAGUGGCUCUCGGUGAUCUUCAUCUUCGUCUGCUUUGCAUUUUGGGCCUGCUGCUCCAUUGUGAUCCUGGUACUCAUGGAGGGCAUGUCAGCUUUCCUGCACGCCCUCCGUCUCCAUUGGGUGGAGUUCCAAUCCAAGUUUUACAAAGGCGAAGGCUACCAGUUUGUUCCAUUUUCGUUUGACACAAUGCUCGCAGAAUAUGGGCUGGCUGAUUAGACGAUGAGGAUCAGAUGUCAUAGAGUGCUUUGAUAGUUGUGAUGUAUUCACACAUCAGCUAGAAUAAUACCUACAUACAGUUCGAAGUCCACAGCUGAUGGAUUUUAGUCCCAAACCUGUACUUGGUGUUUGAUUAAUUGUUCACCGUUUUAAGAAAAAUCUUGCACUGAAAAUCCAAUCUCAUGACUACUGGAAAACGAGUGGUAUACAUUUGAUAAUAUGUCAGACGUGAGAUGGUAUGAUAAUAUUAAUUUAUCAUUGAAGUGCUGUAAUAUUUACAUGAUGCUGGAAGUCUUUUGUCAGAUAAUUGGUUGAUAAAGAACAAAAUUACUAUGAAAUAAUCUCACAAAAAUGUUUUUCGAACAUUAAGUCAAACCUUCGAAAAGUGGAUUUUAAUUCUUGUGCAUUGUUUCAGUAGAUUUUAAGUGUAUAUUGGGCUUGAAUCAUUUCUUGUGGUCUUAUUAAUUGUUGUUCAGUGUUGCCAAAGUGUUGUUCAUCAAUGUAAAGUGUUAUGUAUUUGUUGUAUUUGUAUGUUGAUGUGUUGUUAUUGAAACAUUUAAAAGAAAAUGUACAAAUGAAGAAGAAUUACACGUGGUAUGUACUAUAGUUGAAGAGACCUGUAAUUUACAGUAAUAAUACUGCAAUAAUUGACCUGUAAUAAUUUACAUAAACCAGGUGGCAAUGAUUUCAACUACCUUGACAUUUGAUUUUGUCUAAAUUGUUGACAAUCUAUUUUCAGGAUGACUUUAAUACCAAAUAAGGUUAUCUCCCUUAGUCAUAACUUCAUUAUGACAAAUGUCAUAAUAGCAACUUAGCAGCGUAUAGGUGUAUCAGCAGUAACUCUAAUAUUGUUUCUUUUUAUUUCUCUUUACUUUUUGUUUUAAUUAAUUAAGUUACUUAAAGUUUGUUAAGUCAUUAAAUGUUUUCUUCUAACUAUUCUUAUACUCAUUGACAAUGUUCAGUAAUACAGAAUAUCCAUUUCGUUUCAUAAUUUUUAGCUCAGCUGUUUUCGGAGAAAACCAGAGGUAUUGUCAUAGCCAGCUCGUCGUGUCGUCCACCGUCCACGUCGUGCUAAAACCUUAACAUUUUGUUAACCUUUUUAACAUUGGUUCCAAAAUGAAAGUGCUUCCACCUACAACAUUGAAACUUAAUAUGUAGCUGCACCUUGAUGAGUUCUACAUGCCACACACAUUUUUGGGUCACUAGUUCAAAGGUCAAUGUCACAAAAAAUUGACAAGAUUUCAUUUAUUCAAAACUGCACCCGCAGCCGAGCGUUGGCACCUAUUAUGCGGUGCUCUUGUUUAUACAAUUAUAGUAGGUUAUGGGAAAGAAGCCAAGCGUAAAAUGUAUUAAUUCUAUUUUAC